AUGAACCUCAAACAACAGGUAGCUAUCGCCGGUGCUACAAGUGGUGUUGGUCUCGCUGUUUUGAAAGAGAUCUUUGAUGCUAAGCUCAGCCCUUUAAUUCUCGUCCGACAAGGCAGUAACAGUGCAAGCCGUCUAAAGGCCAGGAAAGAUAUGAAAGUCAUAGAAGUGGACUACCAAGACAUCCGCGCAUUGGCAAAUACUUUGCGGGGAGUGGACGUCGUGAUCUGUACUGUCGGGAACGCGGGCCUUGACAUGCAAAUUUCUCUGAUUGAUGCUGCUAUUGCCGCAGGUGUCAAAAGAUUCAUCCCGAGUGAGUUUGGGGCAGACCCAGAGCAUCCUAUGAACAGACGACUUCCUUUCUAUUUCCCCAAAUUACGGAUUCUGGAAUAUUUGAAAUUACGAACAGCGGAAAUUUCAAGCUUCUCAUUUACGAGAAUUACAACACACGCGUUCCUGGACUGGGGACUUCAAGAGAGAUUCCUAGCCGACCCGUUUGCGCACAAAAUCACGAUAUAUAACGGUGGAGAUACACGAUUCUCUGUCACUACACUUCCCACUAUUGCAAAGACCGUUAUUGCGAUUAUUCAAAAUCUUGAGGCGACUGAAAACCGCGCGAUUCUGAUCCACGAUGCUGCUAUCACUCAAAAUGAACUCAUCCACUUCGCCAAAAUGGCAGACGGUGUUGAGUGGGACAUCCAACACAAAGAUACCAAGGUCUUGUUGCAAGAGAGCUUCAACGAGCUAAAGAAGCCAAGACCCAACGUCACAAAGGCUAUGACUGGAUUUACUUUCGUCGCUGUGUACGAUGAGGAACAUGAUCCAGAUCUUACAAGCAAGGUAGACAACAAGUUACUGGGUCUGCCAGUUAUGGAUGUGGAGGAUGUAGCCGAGGUUAUCAGAACAUCAAUGAUCAAGCCACACUUAAGGUGA